CAACGGCUCUGCAGCCAUAGCAGCCAAACACAACAGCGUAAACAAAAACGGAUAUCAGAAAGAUGUUUCUCACUGAAGAUAUCUUCAUGAAGGAAUAUUAGCUUUCCUUUUGGAAUAGGGUUGGUUUUACCUGACACUUGUACCCUACAAAGCUAGCUGUACGUAAAACUAGCUAAGGUCGCUAGCAGCGCCUAAACGCUAGCUAGCUGCACUGAACGCUAGCUUACUACCUAGGUUAGCUAGCUAACGCUAGCUAGUUAACCGUGGCUAUCCGCUAUCUUUUGCAGUUUGUGAAAAUGCUAAACAUAAAUUAUAUUUGUUUGCUAAUGUAAUUUAGCUAGCUAACUUACCUGCUAAUGUUACUAGCUAGUUCUAGCUAACGUUACAAGUAGGCCAACGAUUCUUUUGAGAGGAGCAACAAGUACACUGACAGUACUGUAGCUAGUAGUUUUAGUUUGACAAUCCAACGAUGUCUAAGAAUGGCACUUUUAUUGGCCCCUAGGCCUAACUCAUACAGCUGUAUGAUAAUAAUGAGCUGAAAUUCCGAAUAAAGGCGUUUGAUCCAUUCAGAAUCGCUGCUACAUGACUCUUUUCCGCCAAUCAUCUUGAGUUUGGACUGCAAUGUUUAGUCUGAUGGCGAAUUGCUGCAACUGGUUGAAACGCUGGAGGCAGCCCGCAAGGAAAGUGACACUGGUGAUGGUAGGACUCGACAACGCUGGGAAGACUGCCACAGUACGCGGGAUCCAGGGAGAGAGCCCAGAGGACGUGGCCCCUACGGUAGGGUUCUCCAAGGUGGAUCUGAAGCAGGGGAAGUUUGAGGUCACCAUCUUUGACCUGGGCGGAGGGAAGAGGAUCAGGGGUAUCUGGAAGAACUACUACAGUGAGUCGUACGGGGUGGUGUUCGUGGUGGACUCCAGUGAUGUCCAGAGGAUCCAGGAGACCAGGGAAACCAUGGCUGAGGUCCUCCGACACCCUCGCAUCGCUGGGAAACCUGUCCUAGUAUUGGCUAACAAGCAGGAUCGGGACGGGGCAUUGGCCGAGGCAGACAUCAUCGAGAACCUGUCACUGGAGAAGCUGGUGAACGAGAACAAGUGUCUCUGUCAGAUCGAGCCGUGUUCUGCUGUCCUGGGCUAUGGUAAGAAGGGGGACAAGUCCAUCAAGAACGGGCUCAACUGGCUGCUGAACAACAUAGCUAAAGACUACGAAGCCAUCUCUGAACGCGUCCAGAAGGACACGGCCGAACAGAGGGUUCAGGAGGAACAGGAGAAGAAAGCCAGACAGGAGAGAGUACGGAGGAUACGGGAGGAGAGAGACCGUCAGGAGAAGGAGGAGGCGGAGAGGGAGGGCCGGACUCUACAGGAGGAGGAGACAGACGAUGACGCCAUACCCAGCCCCUUCCAGCCAAUAGGCAACGUCAUCAACGAGAAUGAAGAACGGCUGAAGAAUACACAGAGAGGAGGACAGGAGGGUGCUGCCAACGAUGCUGGCGAAGGAGGUCAGGAGGAGGAAGAGGAGGAAGAGGAGGGUGAGAGACAGACUCCGGAGAGCGGUGCAGCGUCAGCCUCAGUGGACCAGACUAAGAAGAAGACUGGUAAACUGAGAUUAAAGAGGAAACACAAAGUGGACCCGCUGAGGACGGACGAGACGGCAGCCCCCGAGAGCUCCAAACCUCCACCCCUACCUGUGCGUGCUGUAUAGAGAUAUACAGACCCCACCGUCACCACCACUAGCAGAGAAGAUGCUGCCAAGACCAAGGAACCACCCCCAGGACUACGAUGGUGGAGCGGACUGUCCCAACCCUGAGACAGACAGACAGGAUGACUGGGUGGGCCCUGAGACAGACGGAGGAUGACUGGGUGGGCCCUGAGACAGACGGAGGAUGUCUGGGUGGGCCCUGAGACAGACGGAGGAUGACUGGGUGGGCCCUGAGACAGACGGAGGAUGACUGGGUGGGCCCUGAGACAGACAGGAUGACUGGGUGGGCACUGGAGAGAGAUGAGUCAUAUUCAUUAGGAACCAAACAGAGGAAAAGUGACAAACAGGAAAAGUGACCAAUGAUAAACACUUGUUUCCGGUAUGUGUUGCAAAACACUUUGGGUACGGUGUGUCCUAAUGAAUAGGACCGUGUUGACGAUGAAGAACACAGCAUUGUUUUAAACACAGACUGAGAAAUCAAUGCAUAUUGAUAUGGACUUUUUAUGGAUAUUUAUAUGUAUGUAUGUGUGCAUAGACAGUACCAGUCAAAACCUUCUCAUUCCAGAGUUUUUCUU